UCGUUUUUACAUUACCGGCAUUUUAGCGCAGCUGCCGGUUGGUUUUCCUUUUAGACGGCGAGCGGAGCCACAGUUUAUACUAUUUAUCCUUUUUUUAUUAUUUAUACGCUUUAGUUUCAACAUGCCUGGGUAUUCCGACAGAGACCGGGGAAGAGACAGAGAUAGAGACAGAGGCUAUGGCGGUGGUCCUCCUCGCUUCGGUGGGAACCGCGGUGGAGGUGGUGGGAAGUUCGGCAACCCCGGAGAUCGGCUGCGGAAGAAACACUGGAACCUGGACGAGCUCCCUAAGUUCGAGAAGAACUUUUACCAACAGCACGCCGAUGUUGCCCGGAGGCCUCCGCAAGAAGUUGAGCAGUACAGGAGGACAAAGGUCAUCACAGUCAAGGGGAGAGAGUGCCCAAAUCCCAUAACAAAGUUCCAUGAAGCCAGUUUUCCAUCUUAUGUCAUGGAUGUGAUCAACAAACAGAACUGGACUGAACCAACACCCAUCCAGGCUCAGGGAUGGCCUCUGGCUCUAAGUGGCAUGGACAUGGUCGGCAUAGCCCAGACUGGCUCUGGAAAAACUCUUUCUUAUCUGUUGCCUGCCAUCGUGCACAUUAACCACCAGCCGUUUCUGGAACGGGGAGAUGGUCCAAUUUGUUUGGUACUGGCCCCAACACGUGAGCUGGCUCAGCAAGUGCAACAGGUGGCUGCAGAAUACGGCAGAGCUUCUCGCCUCAAAUCUACCUGCAUCUAUGGCGGUGCACCCAAGGGUCCCCAGAUUCGUGAUCUGGAAAGAGGUGUGGAGAUCUGUAUCGCCACCCCAGGAAGGCUCAUUGACUUUCUUGAAGCUGGAAAAACAAAUCUGCGUCGAUGCACUUACCUGGUGCUGGAUGAAGCUGACAGAAUGCUGGACAUGGGCUUUGAGCCACAAAUCCGGAAAAUCGUAGACCAGAUCAGACCUGACCGUCAGACUCUGAUGUGGAGUGCCACUUGGCCCAAAGAAGUCCGUCAAUUGGCAGAAGACUUUCUGAAGGAAUACGUGCAGAUCAAUGUUGGGGCCCUGCAGCUCAGUGCAAACCACAACAUCCUGCAGAUAGUUGAUGUCUGUAAUGAUGGAGAGAAGGAAAACAAACUGAUUCGACUGCUUGAAGAGAUAAUGAGCGAAAAAGAGAACAAGACCAUUAUUUUUGUGGAGACAAAGAGGCGAUGUGAUGACCUCACCAGGAGAAUGCGAAGGGAUGGGUGGCCAGCUAUGGGAAUCCAUGGAGAUAAAAGCCAGCAGGAGCGAGACUGGGUUCUGAAUGAGUUCAAAUAUGGAAAGGCGCCAAUUCUUAUUGCCACUGAUGUUGCCUCCAGGGGACUAGAUGUUGAAGACGUGAAAUUUGUCAUCAACUUUGACUACCCCAACAACUCGGAGGACUAUAUCCACCGCAUUGGCAGAACAGCUCGUAGCCAAAAGACGGGCACAGCCUACACCUUCUUCACUCCCAACAACAUGAGGCAGGCCGGUGACCUCGUGUCUGUGCUCCGAGAGGCCAACCAGGCCAUCAACCCCAAGCUCCUCCAGAUGGCGGAAGACAGAGGAGGUCGUUCAAGGGGAGGUCGAGGUGGUGACUACAGGGACGACCGUCGGGAUAGGUAUUCGUCUGGCAGGCGCGACUUUGGUGGUUUUAGGGACAGGGAUAACAAUCGAGGGUAUGACAACGGACCAAAUAAAGCCUUUGGCACAAAUUCCCAGAACGGAGGCUAUGGGGGCAGUAACAGCAACGGCUUUGGCGGCGCUGGCUUCAACGGUAACGGACAGUCCAACUUUAGCACCCCGGCGGGAGCCUUCGGGGCUCAGAGCGGCUUCCAGGCUCAGGGUGCUGUCCAGAACGGAGCCGCCCCGGCCCCGUUCGCCUUCCCCCAGCCACAGGCCCCGCAGCAGCACCCGCCGCCGCUGGUGCCUUACCCCAUGCCUCCGCAGUUCUCUCAGUAACACACUUGAAGUAAAUUAUUGCUUUUCGUCCUAAGUUCAAUACUUAAUCCAGAGUUUUUGUAUUUACACAACAGGGUCACCAAUGACUUUAGCCUCUGUCAAGCCUUUUAAGAUCUGCAGUGCAGCACUAGUGGCAUUGCACUGUGUUUUCCUAUUUAAUUUGUUACAUUCCUCAUUUAUGUUUAGUUUUGUACUAGGUAACAGAUGUACUGGGAUUUUUUUUUCGUGUAUUUUCGAAAGUGAUGAUCUCCAAUCCUGGAAGUGCACUGCAUGAUCUUUAAAAAUAAAAACACAAAACCACA